UCUCUUUGCCGUCUCCUCUCAAUCUCAAAUCUCUGCUCUGCAACUACUCCAUCAAAUUGAUUCAAUGCUCCAAACUCCAUCACACAUCUUUACAAAAAUCUAAUUAAUUGCCCUCACCCUGCAACCACACCCCAAGCUCAACACACUUUCUCCAAUCCUUCAAAUUUUCCAUACUAUAUAUAUACAUAUUGCACAACAAAACCAAACUGAGCAGAGGGAAAAAAAAGAAAAAGAUAAAAAAAGCUACAUAACUCAACAGAAGAGAAGCCAAAGCAAGAGAUAAAUACCUGUUGGUGCGUGGCAAAGAUUGUUUGCAACAAAGGAUGGAGCUAUUCCCAGCACAACCAGACUUGUCCUUACAAAUCAGCCCUCCAAACACCAAACCCACAUCAAGUUGGAGAAGAAGCACAGAAGAAGACAUGGAUUUGGGAUUCUGGAAGAGAGCUUUGGACUCUAGAAACUCUCUAUCAUCAAUGGCCAAAACAGACUCUUGCUUCGACCUCUCCCUCUCUAAUCCAAAGGUUUCUUCAGACACCAACACCUCCAAUCUCAUUCACCACUUCCAAAACAGUGGUAAUGCGAACAAUAAUCCCUUUCAAUCCUUUCAGCAAAACCAUUACUUUCACCACCAACUCUUCCAGCACCACCAGCCACAGCAUCAAAGCCUAAGCCAAGAACUGGGGUUUCUCAGACCGAUUAGAGGAAUUCCAGUGUACCAAAACCCUCCUCCAAUACCAUUCUCUCAACAUCAUCAUCAUCAUCCUCUAGAAGCUUCCACCCCCACCCCUUCUUCUAUUAUUUCCAACACAACCACAGGUUCAAGUUCAACCCCUUUUCACUCUCAAGCUCUGAUGAGAUCAAGGUUCUUGUCACGCUUCCCUGCUAAACGUAGCAUGAGGGCUCCAAGGAUGCGUUGGACUACCACCCUCCAUGCUCGCUUUGUUCAUGCCGUUGAGCUCUUGGGUGGUCACGAAAGGGCUACACCCAAAUCAGUUCUUGAGCUAAUGGAUGUGAAGGAUCUCACUUUAGCACAUGUUAAGUCUCAUUUACAGAUGUACCGGACGGUGAAAACUACAGAUAGAGCGGCGGCUUCAUCAGGGCAAUCGGAUGUGUAUGAUAAUGGAUCAUCUGGAGAUACUUCUGACGACUUAAUGUUUGACAUCAACUCCUCAAGAAGGUCUGACCUAUCCGUUAAGCAGGGAAGAUCAAAUGUUAAUCAAGAUAAAGAAUAUCAUGGGCUUUGGAGCAACUCUUCCAGGGAAGCUUGGUUGCAUGGGAAGCCAAAGGCUGAUUCUGUUGGAAACGUGCCUUCUCUUGAGAAGGAAAUGGAUCCAAAGUGCCUAAGCUACGAGAGAAUAUCAGAUGGAAGCUCAUCCUCAAACCUUUCAGGAUCAAGCCCGAAGAAACCUAAUUUGGAUUUGGAUUUGGAUUUGGAUUUCAGCUUGGGCCAGCCACUUUAAUUUUAGAUCUUGAUCCCUUCUGAACAAAUAUUAUUCGUUAAGUAUUAUGAAACUGAAAGAGGUAGAGGGCUGGAAUGAGAAUCAGGAACCCGCUGAGAAAAUCAGAGAAAGAGAAAGCUAAAAGAAAACAAAAGAGAAAAAAAGAAAAGUAAAAGGAGCUAAAGAAACACAAGGAGACAAGAAAGACUGAAAGCAACAAAAGGAGGGGGUGGGGGAAAAAAGUAUGGCCUUCCUAUCAGAGCUCUUCUGAGAUCCAAAUUAACAUAUUAUAUUUUCUUGGUAAAUAUAUGAAAUCUAAUUGAUUUGUAUGUUUUUGCAAUCUGAGAGAGAAAGAAAGAGACAUGAGAGAGAGAGAGAGAGAGAGAGAGAGAGAGAGAGAGAGAGGGAGAGAGAUGUUAAAGUAUGAAGUGAUCCUUGGUAAUUGUA